AUGGCUACUGAUGAGAGAGCUGGAGCUGAAAUCAUCGUUGGAAAGGAAGCCUGUGAUCUAUUUACAGCGGAGCUAAUAAAAGAGCUUGGAUUUCCUAGUGGUGUCUCUCCACCGAGAGAGCUGGAAGAAUGUGGAAGGGUGAGAUCCACGGGGUUCGUGUGGUGGAAAUGCAAAGCUCCCUAUGAGCACUUCAAUGUGGGGACCAACUCCAAGAACAGCUAUGCUGCCAAGACCACUGCUUAUGUUGAAAAGGGGAAGAUGAAGAAGAUGAGCGGAUGCAAGAGCAGGACACCGCUGAAGCUGUGGGUUACGGUAGUGGAGAUGUACCUCGACGGAAACAAGAUCACCUUCAAGUCAUCCGUGGGGGUCACCAAGUCCUUUCCCCUCAUCUCUUUUAUGAACGAAGGAGAAAAGAAGGCUUAUCUCCUACAAAAUUAA